UCCAAAGUCAAACAGUAAAGUACCCGGAAGCUGUUAUGCAAUGGCCAUUCUUUCUUUCAUAGUGAUUCUUUCUUACAUACUUUCUUCUUCCCUUGCCAUAGAACUUGAUUAUAUUCAUGUUUCCAAGUCCCUCAGCGAUGGCAUGACCUUAGUGUCUCAAGGUGGAACCUUUGAACUCGGUUUCUUCAGCCCUGGUAAAUCACAGAACCGUUACUUGGGGAUUUGGUACAAGAAAAUCCCAGUUCAGACAGUUGUUUGGGUUGCCAAUCGGGCUAACCCCAUUCAUGGUUCCUCGGGAAUAUUAACAUUAAACAGCACAGGCAAUCUUGUGCUCCAAGAAAAUGAAACUAUUAUUUGGAACACAGCCUCUCAAAAACAAGCAAAGAAUCCAGUGUUAGAGCUCUUGGACGGUGGAAAUCUUGUGCUAAGAAAUGAUGGAGAUUCAAAUCCUAAGGCCUAUCUGUGGCAAAGCUUCGACUAUCCAUGCGAUACACAAUUGCCGGGGAUGAAGACAGGAAGGGACCUGCAAAAUGGUUUUGAUUGGCGAGUAACUUGUUGGAAGAGUCCAGAUGAUCCAUCCCCUGGAGACCUUUCUUAUGGUUUAGUACUAAGUGAUUAUCCUGAGUUUUCCAUUAUGAAUGGAACGAAAAAGUUCUCUCGGAUUGGACCUUGGAAUGGCCUAUACUUUGGGGGAGUCCCAAAUAUGAAGUAUGAGUAUAUUUAUGAACUCAGUUAUGUGACCAACAAGGGUGAGAUAUUCUACAGCUUUAGCACCAAGAUUGAUUCUCUCAUCACAAGAGUUGUAAUAAACCAAACAAGUGAACAUGUUCUUACUCAAUACGUCUGGGAUGACAAAGUUCAGCAUUGGAAACUUUUUGGAUCACUUCCAGCUGAUGUGUGUGAUUAUUAUGGCUGCUGUGGAGCCUUUGGUUAUUGCAGUGCAGCAGACACACAUGUGUGCCAAUGUUUGAAAGGGUUCAGUCCAAAGUCACCAAAAGCAUGGAACUUAUCCAUCUGGACUCAAGGAUGUGUCCGCAAUGAACCACUAAGUUGCAAUGUCACAAGCAGUGAUGGUUUUCUCAAAUAUACCGGCUUCAAAGAACCUGAUACUCAACACACCAGGUUGAUUGAGAAUAUCACUUUAGAGGACUGUGAAGUUUUGUGCUUGAAGAAUUGCUCUUGUAUGGCUUAUGCUAAUUCUGACAUAAGAGAAGGGGGCAGAGGAUGUGUCAUGUGGUUUGGUGAUUUGAUCGACCUAAAAUUGCUUCAAGGCGGGGAACAAAGUCUAUAUAUCAGAAUGCCUGCUUCUGAGCUAGAAAUUUCAAGAUCACAUAAGAAAAAAGUGAUCAUUUCUGCUACCAUUGCUGCAACUUGUGGGAUGCUUCUACUUUGUUAUGUCAUAUACAAAGUCCGACGGAACAUUGCUGAAAAGUCAAAAGCAGAAUACUUUGAAGGAUAUGUAAAUGACACGGAUCUACCAAUGUUUGAUCUACUAAUGAUUAGUAAUGCCACUGAUAACUUCUCGCUGAAUAACAAGAUUGGACAAGGUGGUUUUGGAACUGUAUAUAAGGGGAAAUUAGCAGAUGGGCAAAAAAUUGCUGUCAAGAGACUUUCACACAGUUCUGGCCAAGGAAUGACAGAAUUUCUAACUGAAGUAAAGCUUAUUGCAAAGCUUCAGCAUCGAAAUUUAGUAAAACUUCUUGGUUGCUGCAUUGGAGGACAAGAAAAGUUGUUAGUUUAUGAAUACAUGGUUAAUGGCAGCCUAGACAACUUCAUUUUUGAUAGAAUGAAAAGCAAGUUGCUGGAGUGGCCUCAACGCUUCCUCAUAAUAUUCGGAGUUGCUAGAGGACUUCUAUAUUUACACCAUGAUUCAAGAUUGAGAAUUAUCCACAGAGAUCUCAAAUUAAGUAACGUUUUACUUGAUGAUAAGUUAAAUCCUAAAAUAUCAGACUUUGGAAUUGCUAGAGCUUUUGGAGUUGAUCAGACUCAUGGAAACACAAAUAGAGUUAUUGGGACUUACGGAUACAUGGCACCAGAGUAUGCUAUCAAUGGGCUGUUUUCAGUAAAAUCUGAUGUCUUCAGCUUUGGCAUAAUAUUGAUGGAGAUUAUAAGUGGGAACAGAAAUAGAGCGCUUUGUCAUGCAAAUGAGACUCUUAAUCUUGUUGGCUAUGCUUGGAUGCUUUGGAAAGAGGACAGGCCUUUGGAGAUGAUCGAUCCAAACAUAAAGGAGUCAUGUGUGAUCCCAGAAGUAUUGCGGUGCAUCCAUGUUAGUCUGUUAUGUGUGCAACAACACCCCGAAGAUCGGCCUACAAUGGCCUCAGUACUUGUCAUGUUAGGAAGUAAGAUGGAUUUAGUUGAGCCUAAAGAGCCUGGCUUCUUUUCUUGCAAGCUCCCCACUGAAGUGAGUUCACACUCAGAUCAACAUAACAUGACUUUAAAUGAUGAAUUGACUGUUACCUCAUUAGAUGGUCGGUGAAAUCACUUUGUUAGCUACACUGAUUGCAUGAGUGUAUUGUUUUCUUACAAUUUGGCUUUCAUAGAUUACUUUAUUUUUCUAGGUUCUGCUUUGGUGUUGUGUACUUUAAUUGCAAAUAACUUUUCAACUGAAGAGCACAUUGCGCAGAUGUCAAUCUUGCUCUGCAAUAGGAUGACCAUUUGGGCUACUUAGAUAUCAGGAUUUCUAUAAUUCAUCAUGUUAGAAUUUAUGACACUAAUUCAAGAAUAAAUAUCAAAGAGUAAAUGGUUAAAAUCGUCUUUAAAAAGAUC